CUUCAAUUUCAUUAAUGGUCAACUACAUUCAGAUCAGACACACAACAGUAACGCACUCUUAUCUCUUUUUCUCUCUCGCUGAGCAAACAAUGGAGGGUCUGAUUAAGGGCUUGAUCGACGUCGCCCUCGGCCACGACAACAAGGACGACGAAGAAUCCAGCCCGCAGGCCCGGGACGAGCGCUCUAGAUCCAGUUGGGCCCAGGUUGUCUCCGGAGAGCCAGAUGAGGGUGAAGAGGGCUCUGAUAGAACUCAUGGUUAUACUCAGAACCAAUGGAAUAGACAGGGAAAGAAUGAAUUGGGGAGUCAAGAUUGGGAGGUCGCGGGCUCGAGACCUUCGAAGCAGCCUGGAAAGGCUUCGCAUGAGGGGUACAUAAAGGUUGGAGAUAUUGAGCAACAUGGUUAUGAACAAAAUCGUUGGAAUAGAGAGGAGAAUGAAGUGGAGAAGAAGGAUGAAUGGAAGACUGUUGGCGAAAAGCCUCGAAGGAAACCCCACAAGAUUCAGAUGGAUCAGUGGCAUGGAUACAAACGUGCUCCAACUGAGCAAGAAUACUCUGAUGAGGUUGAAAAUGGUUCUUACUUGGAACCUGCAGAAGAGGAGCUUGCUGACCUGUCACAAGCUUGCAACAAGCUUUGGGAACUUGAUUUAAACCGUUUGGUACCUGGUAAGGACUAUGAAAUUGACUGCGGUGAGGGAAAGAAAGUUUUCCAAAGGGAAGAUAUGGCACAAGGAAGCCUAUUUAACUGGGUGAAUGAAGACAUAUUUAGGAAGCCUAGUUUUUCUCGUUUCUGUUCUCUUCUAGACAAUUACAACCCAGAUGAAGGGUGCAAAGAAGUUGUCUCAUCUGGGGAGAGGCAAGAGCAAGCUGCAUUCAUAGAAGAAAUUAGUAGGACUGCACCAAUCAAGUAUCUUCACAAGUAUCUCUCAUCCAAGGGCAUUAUAUCUGAGAACCAUCAAGAUUUUAAAACAAUGAUGACUAGUCUCUGGUUUGACCUCUAUGGCCGAGGUGGUACAUCUGGUUCCUCUUCUGCUUUUGAACAUGUAUUUGUUGGAGAAAUCAAGCAACGUGGUGAACAAGAAGUUUCUGGCUUCCAUAAUUGGCUUCAGUUUUACCUUGAAGAAGCUAAAGGCAGGGUUGACUAUCAAGGUUAUAUUUUUCCUCGAAGGCGUGGGCAAAUUCCGGACUCCGAAACCCAGUUGCUCACAAUUCAGUUUGAAUGGAAUGGGGUUCUCAAAUCUGUCUCAAGCACUUUAAUUGGAGUGAGCCCAGAAUUUGAAAUUGCAUUAUAUACCCUAUGUUUCUAUAUGGGUGGAGAGGACAAUCCCAUUCAGUUGGGUCCGUAUCUCGUUAAUAUCAAGUGCUAUCAUCUUGGAGACAGAAUUGGGUCUGCAUUUCCUAUUGCAGAGUGUUGAAUAUCAGGUUGAAGUAUCCAGUUACUUCUCUGCAUAGCCAUGAGUUAUAUGUGUGAGAAUAUAUAAAUCAAUUAAAAGUUUGGUAGUGUGUGAUAAAAACUUGCAAUGAUGGUCAUAAAA